AUGAAGACCAAGAUGGAUGUGGUUGAGAGUGGACUUAAAGAAGUCAAUAAGAGGAAUCUGUUGAAUGACAGGAGGUUUGACUCGUUGGAGAUUACAAUGGAGAAUGAAUCAUUUAAAAAGUCAGUGGGUGCAGAGUAUGGUAAGAUAUUGGAUGAGAAAAGGGAAACAAGAUUGGUUGAAAUGGAAAGCAAAAUUAUCUCUUUGGAAGCCACUGUGAAUGCAAUUAAGGAGUUUUUAAUUGCCCGUUCCACUACUGCUUCAAGAUUCCCAAAGAAGUGA